UGCCCGGCGAGCCGUCGUCUUUCACCACCAACAACGCCCCUGUACAACUAGCACGCGGUGGUAUUGAUAGCCCACCAAGUCGUCCGCUGCCCCCGCAUUGCACCGGAUUCGAGUACCCCGCCAGUCCUUGCGUGACCGCGGACUUCCGCCCUUCAUUGUCCAGCCUUACCGAAAGGGCUUUCUGACACCAACAAUUGCGACGACGGCGCGAGCGAUUUGUCGAGCCUCUCACACGAUCAUCGUUGUUUGUGAAUCCUCGUCAGGUGGAGAGAUAUUGGCCUCGUGGGUCUCGCAUGCGAGAGGAAGGUUUGGGAGAGAACAGUAUAAAAAGCGCUGGAGUCCGACGGCUGGCUGACAGAGUCUUGUCUUGAUCGCCCUGAACGACGCGACUUCCAGAUUGAACUUUUGAGUAAUACACCGCGCCCGAUACCUUGUACAGCGCGAUCAGUCCGCGACUAGGUGACAAUAUGACAACUCGCAAACGACGCGCGCCCGGCGCAUCUCCUGUAGUCCCGCAAAAUACGUUCCAAGACCCUAGCGCGACAGGAUCAGACACAUACAUGAACAACUGGGAGCCUGCGUCAGCAGCGGGAGACAUGAGCGGGUUUGGCGAUGGAGCGUUCUACGACCAGCUUGGGGGAGGUUAUGGCGCGAACUUUGGUCAACAGCCGUCGACGCACAACCGCGUUGUGUCACUGGAUGGACUGAAUGAUGGUGCAGAUAUGGGUGCCGGUCAACUAGUCAGGCGGAAUCAGAACCAACAACUUGCAGCUAGAGGGCGCAGUCCAUGGGGAUUCAACGAGCAAAAUCAGCCGAAUGCAUGGGAGAACACGGACGACGACGAGGAGCUGGAGCGGAAGGCGGCCAUUGCUAAAAAGGAUGCGUCUGCGAAGAGGAAAACGAUACCACCGUUUGUCCAGAAGCUCAGCAGCUUCCUUGACAACGGCAACAACACAAACCUCAUCCGCUGGUCCGACGACGGCAAUUCAUUUAUAGUUCUUGACGAGGAUGAAUUCGCGCGAACGCUUAUCCCAGAGCUUUUCAAACACAACAACUAUGCUUCAUUCGUGCGGCAGCUGAACAUGUACGGUUUCCACAAGAAGGUCGGCCUCUCCGACAACUCGAUGAAGGCGAGCGAGACAAAAGCAAAGGCGCCGAGCGAGUAUUUCAACAAAUAUUUCAAACGCGGACGACCAGAGCUGCUCUGGCUGAUCCAGAAACCCAAGAACGCCCCCGCCGGCGGUCCGAAACGGAAGAGGGAUGACGAUUUGAAAGGCGACAGCGACGAAGAAAGGAAAUACGCACCCGAUGGGGGCGGAGGAGGCUAUGUUGAGGAGCUAGCUGUGCGAGGAAACAACGAGGGGAUGGCAAUGAUACCACGAGCGGAAUAUAACAGCUUGCGCGCGGAGGUGCGGACGCUGCAGCAACAGCAAAAGGUUAUAUCGAACGUCUUAGGCCAGAUACGGAGGCAAAACGACCAACUCUAUCAGCAAGCAACGGCGUUCCAGACAUUGCACGACCGCCACGAGAACUCGAUCAACGCCAUACUUACUUUCCUCGCCACUUUCUACAACCGGAGUCUCGAAGGCAAUACCAACAACAUCAAUAUUGCGGAUAUGUUUGGCUCUGCGAUGGGUAAUCAACAGCCGCAAGGUAGUGUCGUUGAUAUGGAAAACUACCCCGAGGUUCCCAUCGCCAAGUCACCGCAACUGCAAAAGAGAACGCCCAUGAAACUCCUUCCGGCACCGCCCGCAAGAAAUGUGGAAUCACUCUCGCCUCGUGCAAAGACUGUUAGCCCAACCGUCCGGACUGCGUCUAACACUCCAAUAGCCAUCCCAGACGAAAGGUCAACCCACUUCCAGCCUAAUCUGCCCCAGUCUCGGACCGCUAGGCCUUCGAAUCCUAGAACACCUUUUGGCGGCCCUAUGAAGGUCGAAAGUGCCUCCCCGUCCCAGGAGCCCAUGCCUUUACCAGAGAACCACGAGAUCAUGUCUGCGAUCCAGAAUGCCAACGCUAAUGCGACUGCCGGCGGCUUUAGCCACGCCCCGCAGAUCGACCUGCCCGCAGCUCUAAAUAGCUACCAGCACCAAGACGGCCACACGCCCCUGACCACACAACAGCGCAACGACGUCCUCUCUCUCAUGGCACAAAACACCUCCGCCGCCUCCCCCAAUAGUGCCUUCGCCGCAAAUACCAACAACGCCCUCAACAACCCGCAGCCCCCGCCCAUGCCGAAUCUCGACCAAAUGCAGGAGACGGAAGCCCAGCUCGCGUACCUGCAGCGCGUCUCCGAGGAGCAGAAUUCCCGUGUGCAGAGCCUGCAGGAGCGCCUCCAGCCGCUUAGCCCUUCGGGCCAGAUUCCGGGGCUGGACAGCGGGAAUGGGUAUUUUGGUGGUGCAGGGCUCGGGGAACCCGGCGCGUAUGACCUCGAUCUUGAUAGUUUUGUCCAGGACAACGACUAUUUCCCAGGCACGACGCAGGAUGGCAGUGCAAGCAUGCAGGAUCCGACGCUCCCGGAUUUGAAUUAUCAGCUCACAGGGGAUAAUUCGGGCUUCGGGGUUGACGAUGAUGUCGGCGAGGGGUUCAACUUUGGGGAUGGGGAUGCUGGUGUUGUUGAUGGAGUGGAGGGGAACGGACAUUUGGGGGUCAAGGAUGCGGGAGGUACGGUGGAGAGUGUGAGUUCUAGUGCGACGAGUCCGGCGAGUGCGACAGUGGAGGAGGUCGAGGAUGAGAGUAGAAGAAGGAGUCCGAAGAGGAGGCGGAAGUGAGCUCAUUCGAAGGGGUGGGGGAGGUGGAGGGAAGUAAAAGCUUUAGACUCUGUUUGAGUUUUGGAGUGGAAACGGAAGGGAAAGGAGGAGAGGAGAUUCAUGACGUUAUGAUAGCGAGGGGGCAUGGAUGGCGUUUUGGGUGUGUGUGGGCUUGAACAAGUAGUUGUACAUAACUACUGACCUGCCUUGUCCUCAUUCAUUUAGAGGAGAGGAAGAAUCGAUACCCGUUCUCCAUAGC